GGAGAGAAACCUUAUAGCUGUACUCAAUGUGAGAAGAGUUUUACUCAGUCAAGCAGCCUGAUAGUGCACCAGAGAACACACACAGGCCAGAAAAGUUAUAGCUGUACUCAAUGUGGGAAGAGUUUUACUUCAUCUGGCUAUCUGAAGAUACACCAGAGAGCACACACAGGAGAGAAACCAUUUAGUUGUACUCAAUGUGGGAAGAGUUUUACUACAUCUGGAUAUCUGAAGAUACAUCUGAUAACACACACAGGAGAGAAAUCUUAUAGCUGUAAUCAAUGUGGGAAGAGUUUUACUCAGUCAAAGGGCCUGGUAGUACAUCUGAGAACACACACAGGAGAGAAACGAUAUAGCUGUGCUCAAUGUGGGAAGAGUUUUACUCAGUCAGGCAACCUGAAAGCACACCAGAGAACACACACUGGAGAGAAACCUUUUAGCUGUGAUCAAUGUGGGAAGAGUUUUAUCAUAUCUGGCGAUCUGAAGGUACACCAGAGAGCACACACAGGAGAGAAACCAUAUAGCUGUAAUCAAUGUGGGAAGAGUUUUGCGACGUCUCGCUAUCUGAAGAUACACCAGAGAACACACACAGGGGAGAAACCAUAUAGCUGUAAUCGAUGUGGGAAGAGUUUUGCUGCUUCUAGCUAUCUGAAGAUACACCAGAGAACACACACACAGGAGAGAAACGAUGUCUCUGUGCUCAAUGUGGGAAGCGUUUUACUCAAACAGCCUGAUAGCGCACCAGAGAACACACACAGGUGAGAAAUCUCAUAGCUGCGAUCAAUGUGACAAGAUACUCUGAUUAAAGCUCUCUGAUCAAACAUCAGAAAAUACAUACAUGAAGGAGUUGUUUCAUGAUAUCAGUGAAAUAAUAUUACAAUGUAGAUUGUUUUAACAUUGUAGAAGAAGUAUUUUAAUGAAUGUCACAAUGUAGAACCCUAAAUGUUUGCCCCUUGUUCAAUUGAUUUCUGCAUGACUCGGGAAAAAUCCAGGCUCUGAAUUGAAAGAGUACUAUUCAUGAGAUUUAACAAAAAAGAGCUCUAUUACACUUACCGCGUUGGCGACCCACUUUAAUCCCACUUUAAAAAUGUAUCUGGCUGUUUUCUACAAAUUGUCCUCUAACCAGUGAUGUACACAUUAUUCCUAGUUUCCGUGUGGUUUUUGAGCAGUUAGUUUUAACAGGACGUGCAACCUCAUCUCCCUCCUCUCGCACAAUUGAUUUCUACAUGAUUUCGAUGAGUGAUGACAAAUAAGUCUUGCGUUCCUUUGUUUAGCGACCCCUAAAUUUAAAUGCAUCACUCCAGAAUGUAGCUGACUGUAUUCUGCAGGUUGUCCUCUAAUCAGUGAGGUAAAAGAUAUCUCCCAUUUCCAUGUGUUUUUUGUUUUGUUGUGUUAGUUUCAAGAGCAGGUUCAACCUGAUUUUCCCCCAAAUCAAUAUGCGUUGCCAUGGAUCAUAAUUUAUUUUGACUGCAUGUUUUUUUGUAUUGUAGAUGAGUUUUGUUUGGGCUCGUUCCAAGGGAUGAGAGUUCUAGAAG